AUGACCGAACCGCGAAACGGUGCCGGGCUUGGGCGUCUCCCGUUAUUUGGCGCCCAUAAAAUGGAUGAUGGCACGCGCAUAGGGCCGCUACUUGGGGGUCGCCAGGGCGCGUCUGGAGCUGGCGCCGGACGCGGCAGCAUGCGGGCCGCCAGCCAAGCGCGAGGAGCUGCACGGUCACCUAGCAGCCCUCCGCAUCCAUCAUCCUUACCAGAAGGCUUGGUGUCGGCUAGGCCGUCUCGGACUCAGCAAGCGGCACCCGACACUGGUGGAGCACGUCGCAUGCGUUGGUCACAAACAAUGAAUGCAAACGCACUGCGGGCGUACUUUAGGGCAAGAGGGGAAGAAACUGUAUGUUUGGCGCAUCGGGUUAGGAUGCAUCGUCUUUUUGCUGAGCUGGAGCCAUCUUUAAUCAUCACAGAGCAAAACCUGGCAGACCGAGUCCGGUAUAUCUUACGCUCGAAUAUAUUUGAUGUCGCCGAACUCGAACGGCUACGACGUGAGGCUGUUCCCUCAUCGGAUGAAAAUGGUACGGCUGAGGAUGCAGCGCCACAAAUGGUAGAGCAACCCGCAAACGUGGAUGCCUCCGUGAAUACCCCAGUUGUGGUUGGUUCAAACGAUGAUGGAACAGUCGCCUUGGAACUGAAAUUAGAGCAUAUGAGGAGUACAUUGGAAGAGGCAAUCGUGGAAACGCGCACUUCGCCUCUCGAAAAUCGACCGAGACUUCCCCGCAUAGCCCUAAGCAAGCGGAAUCGGGCUGUCGUGAGGGCUCUGAAUCCAAUGCUGAACACCGGACGGACUCAAUUCUUUUUGCGCCGCGCUGGCAGUCUGCCGAAUCAUAGGCGCCAGGGUUUCCACGGUUGGACGCGCUACUAG